CAGCCCGAUGUGCGACAUAGAGAGGAUAGCUAGGAACAGUAAAGAGUAAACUGAAAAGGGAACUUGUUUGUUUUUUGGAGGGAUACCGAAUAAAAUAUUUGUGUUUAAGGAUUUAUAUAAUGUAACCGAUCAGGAAGAAGAAAAAUUCCCAGGAAUUUGGGACAAAUUCGCACUAGCUGCUGCCUCAUCAGUUUCAGCCCUUGGACUUUAAUAUUGAUAUUUGAACAAGGCUUCGACUCUCAAACCGGACCAUUUCCCCCAAUAAUAUACCAAUUUCGCCAAUUACCUGAGGAAAAGAAAUUCAGAGUAACGAAGGAGUUUCCUAAUCAACUCUCGGGAAUCCAUUUCCGGUCCAGUUUGUAGAACAAUGGGGUUCAGCUCUGAUCUCUGGUGUCCCCAGGGACACACCAUGCUGCUACGAUUACAGGAUUCAGAGGUCCGGUUGAUGGAGACCAUGAAGAAGUGGAUGAGCUAUCGAGUGAGGAGUGACAAGGAAUACUCGGGGUUACUUCACCAAAUGUUCUCUCAAGUCGAGAAACAAGAAAGCAGCCAGCAAGCUGGAGGACUUGAUUAUAUCAGUCAGGUCAACAAGUCCUGGUCAAUGAUUGUUAAUCAGACUGAGGUUUUGAGCCGAAUGAUGCGGAAACAUUCAGAGGAUCUGAACUCUGGUCCAAUUAACAAACUAACACUGUUAAUCCGUGAUAAACAACUGCUGAAGAAGAGCUACAGUGAACAGUGGCAACAGAUUAAUCAGGAGGUGAUCAAGAAUACACAGAGUGAAAUUGAGAAGCUGAAGUCGCAGUAUCGGCAACAAGCUAAAGAGAUGAAUGCAGCAAAGCGCAAGUUCCAGGAGGCCAGUAAAGACAAGGACCGGGACAGAAUGAGAGACAAGUAUGUCAAAGCCGCCAUGAAGAUGCACAUACUCCACAAUCAGUAUGUACUUGCUCUCAAAUCUGCAGAGGUCCACCACCAACACUAUUAUCACCAAAGUUUGCCAGGACUACUCGACAGUCUGCAAGAACUACAUGAAGAGAUGGUUUAUAUUUUGAAAGAGAUUUUGCAGGAAUAUCAGGAGAUUAGCAGCCUGAUCCAGGAGGAAGUGGUGACUGUUCAUCGGGAGAUCAGUGAUGCCAUUGAGGCCAUUGACCCACGCAAAGAAUAUGAGAGCUUCAUUGAGCAAAACAGGUCAGUGGCUGAGGUCCCUCCACUUGCUAGCUUUGACAGUAGCCUCCUUGAGGACUUGGACAAUUUGCAGGUGGGAGAAGUGGAACUCAACGACUUGACCAUUGAAUCAGUACAACACAGUUUAACAUCUCUGGAGGAAGAGUUGCAGUCUCUGAAAGAAACCAUUGACAACCGACAGGCAACUAUCAGACAGAUCUCCACGGAAAUAACAGCGGAGGAGCAAUCAAGUGGCUGUAGAUCACGUGUUUACAUCUUCAGCAAGAAAUGUGCUUUGGAGGAAAGCAGACAACAGGUCCAGGUCCUUCUGUGCAACAAGGGUAGGCUGGAGGCACAGCGUCUGAUUCUGGUGCAGAAGCUGAAAGAGCUGGGAGACAAGGAGCCUCCGCCAGCCCUGCAGUUAGAGGAGGACAGAUAUUCCAACUCUUCAGUUGGGAAAGAUAGUGUCAAAGUCUCAUCCUUGGAAACACUGAAGACACAUUUCUCCGGACUAUUCAAACCCAAGUUCAGUCUCCCUCCUCUCCUGCCAAUUGUACCAGCUGUUCAGAAGCCCCUGUGUCAGCAGACCUGGUAUCAUGGUGCUAUUCCCCGCAUGGAAACUCAGCAGCUCCUGAUCAACGAAGGUGACUUCCUGGUGAGAGAAAGCCAGAACAAAGGGGAGUAUGUUCUGUCUGUGAUGUCUGCUGGACAGUGCCGCCAUUUUAUCAUUCAACAUGUAGACUCUCAGUAUCGAUUUGAUGGUGAGAGUUUUCCCACAAUCCCUCUCCUCAUUGACAACCUCGUCAAAACCAGACAACCUGUCACCAAGAAAACUGGAGCUGUACUGACCAAACCAAUUGCUAAGGAUAAAUGGGUACUGGACCAUGAAGAUGUUCUAAUAGGGGAUCGCAUUGGCCGGGGUAACUUUGGCGAGGUGUUCAGUGGGAGGAUGAGGAAUGAUAACACUCUGGUGGCUGUGAAGAUGUGCCGUGAAAAUCUGCCUGCUGAUCAGAAGAAUAAGUUCUUGAUGGAAGCCAGAAUCUUGAAACAGUAUGAUCAUCCGAACAUUGUCAGGCUGAUAGGAGUCUGUACUCAGAAACAGCCAAUUUACAUCGUCAUGGAGCUGGUGCAAGGAGGGGAUUUCUUGACAUUUUUACGCAAUGAAGCAAAUCAUUUUAGCACAAAAGACCUGAUAAAGAUGGCAGAGAAUGCUGCUGCUGGGAUGGCCUAUUUGGAAAGCAAGCACUGCAUCCACAGAGAUCUAGCAGCCAGGAACUGCCUGGUUUCAGAGAAAAAUGUUCUGAAAAUCAGUGAUUUUGGGAUGUCUCGUGAGGAAGAAGACGGAGUAUAUUCCUCAACAGGAGGAAUGAAGCAAAUUCCAAUCAAGUGGACGGCACCUGAGGCACUCAAUUACGGUCGGUUCACAACUGAGAGUGACAUCUGGAGUUACGGGGUACUGCUAUGGGAGACAUUUAGUCUGGGUUCAACACCAUACCCAACCAUGACAAAUCAACAAACUCGAGAGGAGGUUGAACAAGGCUAUCGACUCGGUGCCCCUGAUUCUUGCCCAGAUGAGAUUUACAGUAUAAUGUGUCGCUGUUGGCAGUAUGAUCCGAAGAAGCGCCCAAAUUUCAGCACCAUUCAUCAGGAGCUUGUGACUCUCAAGAAAAAAUGGAAGUGAAACUGGAAACAAUUGCUUUUGUAAAUCAUGUUCUGACUCCCAUCACUGGUAACAGAGAUAGGGAGUAACACCAUAUAUUUAAGCUAUUACCUGAGGGAUGGCUAGCCUUUUUAGCUAUGUUCAUAUCCAAAGAAUGAAUUAAUAACAUAUUUCCACCAUCCAAACACCAAGACCAUCAGGUAAGCAGCAUCAACAUCUCACAGGGGAUGAAUAGAGACUAAUGAUCCCUUUAUGCUAACCCAAAACUUUGCUUCUGAUGAAAUGCCAAUGACAGUCAUGAUAUUUUCCCAAUCUUCCAUCCCUAGUAGGAACUGGAAUGAGUCUACCCACACAACUCACAAAGUGCCCUUAACAGACAAGGGGAAUAAAAAAACCAUAAUUCACAGGGAGUGAGCUUCACUGGCUGGGCCAGCAAUUAAUUUCCAUUCCUAAUUGCCCAUGGAGGAGGUGGUGCUGGUGGUGAGCUGCCUUCUUGAACCACUGCAGUCCAAUUGGUUUAGGUAGCCAGGUGAUGCUGCUCGGGGGAGGGAGUUCCAGGACUUUGACUCGGUGACACUGAAGAAACGGCAAUAUAUAUCCAAGGAUGGUGAAUGGCUUGGAGGGAAAUUCUUAGAUUCAGUUACCACUACGAGAGUGUCUCACAGGGUGGAAAUUAUUAAUGAUAUCAAACGAAAUCUCUCCACCAAUGUUUCCGUUCCCCAGCAUGAAGUCUUUACUACAAGAAGGCAAUUGGAUAUAACUUUUAAAAGGAUUUACUGUAAUUUUGGAAUAAUUUUGAAUAUUUUGGUAAUUUUCUUCCCAUUGCUUACAAUUACAAAUUUUAUUCCAUUGGCCCAAGCAAAAUAGAAUCAUAGAAUUGUUACAACAUCGAGGAGGUGUUCGGCCUAUCAUGUCUCGGCAUCACACUAAAUGCCAUUCUUCUGCUUUCCUGUUAAAUGUCCUCCCUCCUGCAAUCUCAUCCAACCCACUUUUUCUACUCCCGCCUGGGAGAUAUAGGCAACGAUCCCAAUCUGUUACCUCAUCCUGAUUGCUCACAGGACUUUGCACUUUAAGGCUACUCAACUGUGAAGGUAUACCAUUCACCCCACACUGCCCCCACUUGAGAGUGUACCGCCCCAGUCAAACUUCCCACCUGUCAUUAUCCUUGGAGUAGGUCGAGCCCGGGCGCUUCCGACCAGAAGCGAGAGCCCCUCAGGGCUCGCCUCCCCGCCUCACUGGGUAAGUGAAAAAAAAAUGAGUAGUGGUAUUUCACCAGCGGCUGAAGCCUCCCACUUAUUCUCCACCUCUCAUGUCUCUUCACAGUGCCAGACUAGAGUCAAGCUUAACAGGGACUUCUUUCCCCUCUAAUUCUGCCAAGCCUGUCCCCUUGCUAGAUAGUAGGUAGGGACAGUAGGAAUCUCGUUCAUCCAUUCAUGCGUGUCACUAAUUAGAUGACGAGGCAUUUGGCUAUUAUCUCUCUCACCAUCUGAAUGGAUUUUGUCCAUUUUGAGUUUUUUCUCAUCGCUCGUCGACGUAAAAGACACCCCUAUCUAGCUAACCACAGCCAGAUGAUGUUAAGGGAACGGGAAUAUUCACUGUAAAGCAGAGACCAAGCGAGGAUUCAACUAGGAUUAUUCAACUGACAGAUUAAUUACCUCUCUAGCUCAUCACCUGUUGUGUUGGCAAGUGCAGUUUAAUUUUAUUCACCCUAACUACCCUCCACCAUUACUGUUAGCUAAAAAAACAAAAACCUUUAUUACUAAAAUUAUUAUAAAAUUUAAAAUUCUACCUAAAAUUAACAUUACUAAAACAAUCUAUUUAAAAAUUAAUUAAAUAAUGUCCAAAAUAGAGAAGCUAAAAGAGUUCAUUAUGAAUCCAUAGCAAUUCUUAACAACUCGAGGGUCCGGGAUAUAACCAGGUUUGUGAUGUGUUGAGCAAAUAUCUUUACUUUUCGAUCCUGAAAUCCUUCAUCAUGUCACCGUUCUCGUUGAACCAUUUACCUCGGGACCCCAUCACGAAUCCGAAAAAAGAAAUAUUGGUUCCUUUAAUCGGAUCCAUGAUUUCUUUCUCUAAACGUUUACAUUUCUCCACCUUCUCCUCCCCAGCCUGCUCUGGCGAAUUUUCUUGGUUUUUCCGUCCGUAUUGUGACAUCCACAACAAUAAUACGACUGUCUUUCUUAAAUAUAAUGUGUGAUCCAGAGCUUUCCUGCAUUGUUCUUUAUACAAGGUUCAAUAUAUGUGGUCCAUCCUUUAGUUUUAACAUAUUUAAUUAGUUCCUCAGCAGCAAUCCUAUUGUGUCUUUUAAUGCACAUAUUUUUCAUAUAGGCUCCAGCCCGAUAUGUGGGCGACUGUCUCGAUGGCAUUGUUGCACCUCCUACAAUUCUUGGUGUUAAAGGGCAUUCCAUAUGAUGACAAUGAUCUAGUUGGGUACAAAUUUGUUUGUAAGAGGAUUGUAUUUAUUACUUUUGAUGUUUUCAUAUAAUGCAUCUUAUUUAACCAAUUAUUAGAGAUUUUAUCAUUUUUAAAAUAAUGAAUGCCUUCCGUCUGGCUAGGCAGAGCCAUCCAUUUUUGCAAUUCCACAUUUCUCCAUUUCGAAUAAUUUUUACUGCAAUACUCUUCAAUCCCCUCGAUAUCCUCAUUCUCACCAUCGUUCACUCUUCCUUCUAAUCGGCUAUUACAGAAUGAUUCCAAAUUUCUUUCAAAAUUUUCAAAUUGCUCAAUUCCUUGUUAAACUGGAAAAGUUUGUCAUUGCCAAACCUGACUGCAAACAAUUCUAAUGUCCAUGCUAACUGAUGUCGAAUUAUUUUGGAAUUAAUUACAGUAGCGCCUCGGUUUACGAACUUAAUCCGUUCCAGGACCUGGUUCGCGAACUGAAUCAAUUUUUCCCAUUGUUCGGAUAGCGUUCAAGCUCCAAAGACGAACUGAAUGAGAUCACGGCGGGGGGUGGGGGGGGCCGAGAACUUUUGUGUUCAACAAGCACAUAGGAAAGCAGAACAAUGAAACCAGGUCGUCGCACACGGGCUUUUUGCACUCAUACCUUCGCUCGUACCUUGAAUUUUGUACGUAUGUUGAAGCAAAGUUUUAUGUACAAUCCUGUCCGUAAACCGAUUUGUUCGUGAACGGGCACGUUCGUAUGUCAAGUCGCUACUGUAUCUCCUUUGUUCAAACUGCAACUUUCAGGGAUGUUCAAAAUAUGGCCCCAGACCCUUCAAUCCUAGCAAACCAGUUCAGGCAGCUUUGUUACAUUUGUGCUUAGGUUGCCUGAACUAUUUAGAUUUUAAAGUGCUGAAGAUAUAAAAGAUCUGUUUUUAAUUCCAUUUAGCUUAUUGAUGUUUGCAUGUGUUGAAAUUUUAUGGGAACAUGACUGAAACUUGGUGGCCUCCUAAUUAUUUUUGUUCUUUCAUGGAAUGUGACUUUGCACAUUGCUGGCUAGGCCAGCUUUUAUUACUCAUUAGAAGGUGGUGGUGAGCUACCUCGGAACUGCUGCAGUCAUGUGGUCUCUGGCAUGCUUUGUGGCAAUUUGGGAUAUGGUGACAAACUUCAAACCCACUGCCAUUUGCAUUCCACUGUGAAAAUGCACCACAGAAAUAUCUACCAAGUACUGCUGUGUAAUAAAGCUUAAGUUGGACUAUAAAUUAUUCAGCUUUUACUUGUGUAGUGUAGAGUGAAAUAAACUGCAAUGGUCUAAUUAA